AUGGCGACGCCAACGCCCCCUAUCUCACAACGUACUCGUUCAGGAACGGCCAAAAACUUGGUCCAAGAUAAAAAUGACGGUGACCAUGAAGUUUUUUCAAAAAAAAAGGAACCUGACAAUAUUGUUACUCCUCUGCAGACUAAUAUAAAUGAACCGCUAGAACCUAAAGAGGCUUCUAGCAGACGCGAACUUCGUAAAAAGAAACAACAAGUUAGUUUUAAUACCAACAAACAAGUUUUACAAAAUACGUCUUCGCCAGUAUUCUUGGUCUCUUCGCCCGAAAAAGUCAGUACAAACACAGUGGGCCAAUCAACGGACCAAAAUCUAGACGUAAACAAUGAUGCAUCUAACAAACAAACAUCUAGUUCUGCUAUUGGUCAAACUUCUGUCGAUCAUAACAACAUCACAUCAAAUGACCAAAUCGUAAAUGAUCAGCAAGUUAUCUUACCCGAUAUAGAAAUGAUCAUGGAUGAGCAAGAGGACGACACUAAUCAAUUCCAUAAAUUAGAAAAUAGUAAAAUCAUUGCCAUACUUAAAGUGCCAAUCAACAACCCUGAUAAUAUUGAUGAAUAUAAAAAAUUUAUGAAGAUCGUACAAAAUAGUAUUCUCGAGGAUUCUAUGCUUAAACAAGAAGAUAUUAUUAGUCUUCAAGUUCAAAUUAUGACACAGAAAGUUCCAGAAGGCACAGUUGCACAAAUGAAUGAUAACCAGAAAAAAGUUAAUAAGAUUAUUACAGGAAUUUCUUUACAAGCAACAUUAAUCUCUCAACAAACAUGGAAAGAUUUACAAGAAACGCCUUAUCGAUGUGAUGGUAUAGAUUAUUUUUUUGAAGAGGUUAUAACAAAUCGUACACGACAAAAACAAAAUAAUGGAAAUUCACAAGAUAGGGUCGUACAAGUGUUUAAUGCGUCACUUCGUUUGACUACUGCUAUAAUUAAACCCUUUAUGCGUAAAUAUGGAGAAUUAGAAGAAGAGAAAUGUUAUUCUCGAAGGCCUCAUGCACAUGCACCAAAUCGUCAAGUAGUUUAUAUUACCUUUAAAGAUGCUAAUAGUGUUCAUCGAUUUUACGAUAAUCACGUGCUUUGGAUCUAUGGCGAAAUGUUAUAUGUUACUCCAUUUUUAAUGGAUAAAAAUAUUAGAGAGGGACUCAAGCAAUUUUGUAUGAAGUUAAAUGGACUCCCUCCUAACGCACAGGCAGUAGAAUUUAAAGAAUUCAUAGAUCAUCAUAGCGUUGUAGAAUUUUAUAUUCCUCGGAAUACAUAUACCAAUGAUACACAAAAGUAUGCUUACGUAUAUUUUAAAGACGAAGCAGCUAUGGUUGCUGCUACUCAAGAAAUUUUUUUAGUAAGAAACAAACAGACUGAAUGGUCAGAUCCCAGUGUGCAGUCAUGUUUUAGAUGUGGAUACACAGGUCAUUAUAUGAGAGACUGUGAUUAUGUGCCCCCUCGUACGAGACCAAUGAGGAAGAAUGAAUAUUUUAGACAGAUUAAAGAGAUUCGUCAAAAUCGUUUUGCAAGAAAUAGAGCAAUUAAUUAUAGUAGCCCUGCUACAUAUGCUCAGAUGGCAGCACAGAGUAAUAGAAAAUUUAGAAAAAGAGAUUAUAAUGCUGGUAAUACGCGAAAUGGUAAUCAGAAUGAUAGGUAUGUAGAUAGAUCUUGGAAUAGAGACAAUAUAAAUCAUGAUUUAUAUGAAGGUGAUGAUGAUAAUAGAAAUUCUUUGGAUGAUGAAGAAGAUUUUAUUAUGAAUGAAGUAGGAAUGCAUGAAUGGGAUGAACAACCUAAAACGCGGCCAAAUGUAAGAUCACGUGAUGUUUUGCGUGGUACUCAGAAAGGAGGUUCGAUACAUAUGAAAGAUAAAGAAAAAGAAGAAUGGUAUCAUAGACAGACUAACGAUAACUUACAGGAUAUUAAAAAUGACUUUGCGAAAAUUAAAGAUAUGAUGGAUUGUAUGUAUAAAGAACAAGCGGCGAUGAGAAAUGAGCUUAAUUUGAUUAAGGUUCAUAGCAAUCCAAAUCUUAAAGAUACAACAAAAAAUACAAAUCAAAAUCAAAGUAAAAAAAGAGGAGGAGUAGUAUUUAAUAGUAAUAACAAACGUACUAGAAAUGAAGAAAGCAGCGGUUCAGAAAGUAAUGCUGCUAAUAAUGUUUAUAUUCUUUCAAAUCGAAUGGACCAAGCUGAUGAUACAAUGAAAAAAAUGAUGGAUAUGUUACAAAAUAUGAGUACUAAAUUUGAACAAAUAUAUAAUAAUCAAGAAAAUAACGCAAAUAAUAAACAAAAAAGCACUGUUAUUAAGGGGGAUAACAAUGCUUUAACUUCAACAAACAACAACAUUUAA